AUGAAGCUAGCCAUUUUGUUGGUAGCCGCGGCAGCAGUGUUCAGUAAUGGCGCUGUCAUAGAGCGACCCCAGUCGGUGGAAGUGGAAGCCGCUCCACGGACAACGCUCGACGAAGCGCUGGCCCAGCUGCUGGAAAACAUCCGUCAGUUGCUGCGCACCGGUGACCCAGCGCGUGGCAUUCCGGUGAUGGCUCCGCUGCGAACUGAUCGCUUUGAUUUGGAUCUCGCUCUGGGUGGACUGCUUGAUUUCACGGCGAUCCUGCGCAACCUCUUCGUCGACGGCUUGGACCGGUUCCAGGGAACCCUCACGCUGAAUGUGAUGCUGAUGCAAUUUACGUACGAUUUCGUCUUCCCGGAUAUCGUCGCCAAUGGGAACUACGACGCCGACGGACGACUGUUCGGUUUGAUUCCCGUGUUCGGCGUCGGAAACUUUGCCGUCGCCCCGCGUAAUUUGCGCAUCCAAGGUACGGCCCUGAUACGUCAGCAACCCAGCGGCUAUCUGGAGAUGCCCGAGCUGAGGGCGAACGUUCGGCUGGACUCGCUGACGAACAACAUCGAUGGAAUGCUGCUGGGCGGUGAACUGUCCCUUCUGCUCAACGCCGUCAUCCAGGAUAUUGUGCCCUCGGUGCUGGUGAACUUUGCCCCGCUGGUAACGAAUAUUAUCGAACGGGUCGGAAUCCCCAUUGCCGAUUCCAUCCUGAACACGAUGACCCUGGACGAUCUGUUCGAUUUGAUCCCGCUGAAGGACCAG